GGGGCGGGGAGGAGGUGGCCGCCCCUCGCCGCUCUGGCUUUCUUGGCUCCCCCGGUCCCGGAUGGUGACGGCGGCGCGGGGAGACGCUGGACGGGGCGGCCCUGUCGAGGCACGUGUGGCGCCCGCAUGCUUUGCCCUGCGCGCCCUGGAACCCUUUGGGGCUCGAGUCUCCCGCGUCCCCGCGCGCCCUGCCUGCCGUGCCCGGGCCCGCACGCCAGGAGCGCGGCUCGCUCCGUGCUCCGCCCCGGAGACCAGAUGUACUGACGUUUUCGCGCGCUGUUUAAUUAGCUAGAAGUUCUAAUGUGGCGUUUUUAUGUUUUUAAUGCAGAGACCAGUAAUCCGUUAUGGAGCAUGCUAUUACCCCGUUGGAACCCCUGCUUCCCACUGGGAGUUUGAAAUACUGCCUUGUGAUUCUGAAUCAGCCUUUGGACAAAUGUUUUCGUCAUCUUUGGUGCAAAGCUCUUUUAAGAGCCUGUGCUGAUGGAGGUGCCAACCGCUUAUAUGACGUCACGGAAGGAGAGAGGGAAAGCUUUCUGCCUGAAUUCAUCAGUGGAGACUUUGAUUCUAUUAGGCCUGAAGUUAGAGAAUACUACGCCAUUAAGGGAUGUGAAAUUAUUUCAACUCCUGAUCAGUGCCAUACUGACUUUACCAAAUGCCUUGAAGUGCUCCAAAAUAAGAUAGAAGAAAAAGACCUACAGGUAGAUAUGAUUGUGACCCUGGGAGGACUUGCUGGACGUUUUGACCAGAUUAUGGCGUCAGUGAGCACUUUGUUCCAAGCAACUCGAAUCACUCCUUUGCCAAUUAUAAUAAUCCAAGAGGAGUCUCUCAUCUACCUGCUCCAGCCGGGAAAGCACAAAUUGCACGUCGAUACCGGAAUGGAAGGUGAUUGGUGUGGCCUCAUUCCUGUUGGACAGCCAUGCAAUCAGGUUACGACAACAGGCCUAAAGUGGAACGUCACUGUGUGGCUGACAGGGUCUUGCUGCUCCGCCGGGGUGUCAGACAUGAGCCUCUGACGUGGGAGAGCCAAGUUCAGGACAUUGCUCCACCAUAGACCUCCCAGCCCCUCAUAAUAUCAAUCGGCAAGAAUUCUCCCAGAGAUCUCCAUCUCCAUGCCAAGACCCAGCUCCACUUCAAUGACCAGCAAGCUCCAGUGCUAGACGCCCCAUGCCAAACAACUAGCAGGGCAGGAACACAGCCCCACCCAUUAGCAGAGAGGCGGCCUAAAAUCAUAAUAAGGUCACAGACACCCCAAACACACUACCGGACGCAGUCCUGCCCACCAGAAAGACAAGAUCCAGCCUCAUCCACCAGAACACAGGCACCAGUCCCCUCCACCAGGAAGCCAACAAAACCCACUGAACCAACCUUACCCACUGGGGGCAGACACCAAAAACAACAGGAACUACAAACCUGCAGCCUGUGAAAAUGAGACCCCAGACACAGUAAGGCAGGCAAAAUGAGAAGACAGAGAAACACACAGCAGAUGAAGGAGCAAGGUAAAAACCCACCAGACCAAACAAAUGAGGAGGAAAUAGGCACUCUACCUGAAAAAGUAUUCAUAGUAAUGAUAGUAAGAGGAUCCAAAAUCUUGGAAAUAGAAUGGUGAAAAUACAAGAAACGUUUAAAAAGGACCUAAAAGAACUAAAGAGCAAACAAACAAUGAUGACCAACACAAUAAGUGAAAUUAAACAUACUCUAAAAGGAAUCAAUAGCAGAAUAACUGAGGCAGAAGAACAGAUAAGUGACCUGCAAGAUAAAAUAGUGUAAAUAAUUAUUGCAGAGCAGAAUAAAGAAAAAAGAAUGAAAAGAAUUGAGGACAGUCUCAGAGACCUCUGGGACAACAUUAAAUGCACCAACAUUCAAAUUACAGGGGUCCCAGAAGAAGAAGAGAAGAAGAAAGGGACUGAGAAAAUACUUGAAGAGAUUAUACUUGAAAACUUCCCUAGUACGGGAAAGAAAAUAGUCACCCAAGUCCAGGAAGCACAGAGAGUUCCAUACAGGAUAAAUCCAAGGAGAAACAUGCCAAGACACAUAUUAAUCAAACUAUCAAAAAUUAAAUACAAAGAAAAAUAUUAAAAGCAGCAAGGGAAAAGCAACAAAUAACAUACAAGGGAAUCCCCAUAAGGUUAACAGCUGAUCUUUCAGCAGAAACUCUGCAAGCCAGAAGGGAGUGGCAGGACAUAUUUAAAGUGAUGAAAGGGGAAAACCUACAACCAAGAUUACUCUACCCAGCAAGGAUCUCAUUCAAAUUCGAUGGAGAAAUUAAAACCUUUACAGACAGGCAAAUGCUAAGAGAAUUCAGUACCACCAAACCUGCUUUACAACAAAUGCUAAAGGAACUUUUCUAGGCAGGAAACACAAGAGAAGGAAAAGACCUACAAAUACAAACACAAAACAAUUAGGGAAAUGGUAAUAGGAGCAUACAUAUCGAUAAUUACCUUAAAUGUAAAUGGAUUAAAUGCUCCCACCAAAAGACAUAGACUGGCUGAAUGGAUCCCAAAACAUGACCUGUGCCUAUGCUGUCUACAAGAGACCCAUUUCAAACCUACGGACACAUACAGACUGAAAGUGAGGGGGUGGAAAAAGAUAUUCCAUGCAAAUGUAAAUCAGAAGAAAGCUGGAGUGGCAAUUCUCUUAUCAGACAAAAUAGACUUUAAAAUAAAGACUAUUACAAGAGACAGAGAAGGACACUACAUGAUGAUCAAGGGAUCGAUCCAAGAAGAAGAUACAACAAUUGUAAAUAUUUAUGCUCCCAACAUAGGAGCACCUUAAUACAUAAGGCAAAUGAUAACAGCCAUAAAGGGGAAAUCGACAGUAACAUGAUCAUAGUAGAGGACUUUACCACCCCACUUUCACCAGUGGACAGAUCGAUCAUCCAAAAUGAAAAUAAAUAAGGAAACACAAGCUUUAAAUGACACAUUAACCAAAAUGGACUUAGUUGAUACUUAUAGGACAUUCCAUCCAAAAACAGCAAAAUACAUUUUCUUCUCAAGUACUCAUGGAGCAUUCUCCAGGAUAGACCAUAUCUUAGGUCACAAAUCAAGCCUUGGUAAAUUUUAGAAACUUGAAAUCAUAUCAAGUAUCUUUUCUGACCACAACACUGUAAGACUAGAUAUCAGUUACAGGAAAAAAAACUGUAAAAAAUACAAACACAUGGAGGCUAAAUAACACACUAGUAAAUAACCAAGAGACCACUGAAGAAAUCAAAGAAGAAAUCAAAAAAUACCUAGAAACAAAUGACAAUGAAAACACAAUGACCCAAAACCUACGGGAUGCAGCAAAAGCAGUUCUAAGAGGGAAGUUUAUAGCAAUACAAUCCUACCUCAAGAAAUAAGAAACAUCUCAAACAACCUAACCUUACACCUAAAGCAAUUAGAGAAAGAAGAACAAAAAACCACACAGUUAGCAGGAGGAAAGAAACCAUAAUGAUCAGAUCAGAAAUAAAUGAAAAAGAACUGAAGGACACAAUAGCAAAGAUCAAUAAAACUAAAAGCUGGUUAUUUGAGAAGAUAAACAAAAUUGAUAAGCCAUUAGCCAGACUGAUCAGGAAAAAAUGGGGGAAGACUCAAAUCAACAGAAUUAGAAAUGAAAAAGGAGAAGUAACAACUGACACUGCAGAAAUACAAAGGAUCAUGAGAGAUUACUACAAGUAACUGUAUGCCAAUAAAAUGGACAACCUGGAAGAAAUGGACAAAUACUUAGAAAAGCACAGCCUUCUGAGACUGAACCAGGAAGAAACAAAAUAUAAAAAGACCAAUCACAAGCACUGAAAUUGAAACUGUGAUUAAAAAUCUUCCAACAAAGAACAGCCCAGGACCAGAUGUCUUCACAGGCAAAAUCUAUAAAACAUUUAGAGAAGAGCUAACACCUAUACUUCUCAAACUCUUCAAAACAUGGCAGAGGGAGGAACACUCCCAAACACAUUCUACGAGGCCACCAUCACCCUGAUACCAAAACCAGACAAAGACGUCACAAAGAAAGAGAACUACAGGCCAAUAUCACUGAUGAACAUAGAUGCAAAAAUCCUCAACAAAAUAUUAGCAAACAGAAUCUAGCAGCACAUUAGAAGGAUCAUACACCAUGAUCAAGUGGGGUUUAUCCCAGGAAUGCAAGGAUUCUUCAAUGUAUGCAAAUCAUCAAUGUGAUACCCCAUAGUAACAAAUUGAAUAAAAACCACAUGAUCAUCUCAAUAGAUGCAGAAAAAGCUUUCAACAAAAUUCAACAAACAUUAAUGAUAAAAACUCUCCAGAAAGUAGGCAUAGAGGGUACUUAACAUAAUAAAGGCCAUAUAUGACAAACCCACAGCCAACAUCAUUCUCAAUGGUGAAAAACUGAAACCAUUUCCACUAAGAUCAGGAACAAGACAAGGUUUCCCAUUCUCACCACUAUUAUUCAACAUAGUUUUGGAAGUUUUAGCCACAGCAAUCAGACGAAAAAGAAAGAAAAAGAAUCCAAAUCAGAAAAGAAGUAAAGCUUUCACUGUUUGCCGAUAACAUGAUACUAUACAUACAGAAUCCUAAAGAUGCCACCAGAAAACUACUAGAGCUAAUCAAUGAAUUCGGUAAAGUAGCAGGAUGCAAAAUUAAUGCACAGAAAUGUCUUGCAUUCCUAUACACUAAUGAUGAAAAAUCUGAAAGAGAAAUUAAGGAAACACUCCCAUUUACCAUUGCAACAAAAAGAAUAAAAUACCUAGGAAUAAAUCUACCUAAGGAGACAAAAGACCUGUAUGCAGAAAACUAUAAGACACUGAUGAAAGAAAUUAAAGAUGAUACCGACAGAUGGAGAGAUAUACCAUGUUCUUGGAUUGGAAGAAUCAACAUUGUGAAAAUGCCUAUAGUACUGAAAGCAAUCAGCAGAUUCAAUGUAAUCCCUAUCAAACUACCAAUGGCAUUUUUCACAGAACUAGAACAAAAAAAUUUCCCAAUUUGUAUGGGAACACAAAAGACCCCAAAUAGCCAAAGCAAUCUUGAGAAAGACAAAUGGAGCUAGAGGAAUCAGGCUCCCGGACUUCAGACAAUACUACGAAGCUACAGUAAUCAAGACAGUAUGGUACUGGCACAGAAACAGAAAGAUAGAUCAAUGGAACAGGAUAGAAAGCCCAGAGAUAAACCCAUGCACAUAUGGUCACCUUAUCUUUGAUAAAGGAGGCAAGAAUAUACAAUGGAGAAAAGCCAGCCUCUUCAAGUGGUGCUGGGAAAACUGGACAGCUACAUGUAAAAGAAUGAAAUUAGAACACUCCCUAACAGCAUACACUAAAGUAAGCUCAAAAUGGAUUAAAGACUUAAAUGUAAGGCCAGACACUAUAAAACCCUUAGAGGAAAACAGGCAGAAUGCUCUAUGAAAUCACAGCAGGAUCCUUUUUGACCCACCUCCUAGAGAAAUGGAAACAAAAAUAAACAAAUGGGACCUAAUGAAACUUAAAAGUUUUGCACAGCAAAGGAAACCAUAAAGAAGACAGAAAGACAAUCCUCAGAAUGGGAGAAAAUAUUUGCAAAUGAAGCAACUGACAAAGGAUUAAUCUCCAAAAUAUACAAGCAGCUCAUGCAGCUUAGUAUCAAAAAAACAAACAACCCAAUCCAAAAAUGGACAGAAGACCUAAAUAGACAUUUCUUCAAAGAAGAUAUACAGAUUGCCAACAAACACAUGAAAGGAUGCUCAACAUCAGUAAUCAUGAGAGAAAUGCAAAUCAAAUCAAAACUACAAUGAGGUAUCACCUCACAGUGGUCAGAGUGGCCAUCAUCAAAAAAUCUACAAACAAUAAAUGCUGGAGAGGGUGUGGAGAAAAGGGAACCCUCUUGCUCUGUUGGUGGGAAUGUAAGUUGAUACAGCCACUAUGGAGAACAAUAGGGAGGUUCCUUAAAAAACUAAAAAUAGAAUUACCAUAUGACCCAGCAAUCCCACUACUGGGCAUAUACUCUUAGAAAACCAUAAUUCAAAGAGUCAUGCACCACAACGUUCUUUGCAGCACUAUUUACAAUAGCCAGGGCAUGGAAGCAACCUAAGUGUCUAUCGACAGAUGAAUGAAUAAAGAAGAUGUGGCACAUAUAUACAAUGAAAUAUUACUCAGCCAUAAAAAGAAACAAAAUUGAGUUAUUUGUGGUGAGGUGGAUGGACCUAGUGUCUGUCAUACAGAGUGAAGUAAGUUAGAAAGAGAAAAACAAAUACCGUAUGCUAACACAUGUAUAUGGAAUCUGAAAAAAAAAGUUUCUGAAGAACCUAGGGGCAGGACAGGAAUAAAGACGCAGACAUAAAGAAUGUACUUGAGGACACGGGGAGGGGGAAGGGUAAGCUGAGACGAAGUGAGAGAGUGGCAUGGACAUCUAUACACUACCAAAUGUAAAACAGAGAGCUAGUGGGAAGCUGCCGCAUAGCACAGGGAGAUCAGCUCGGUGCUUUGUGACCACCUAGAGGGGUGGGAUAGGGAGGGUGGGAGGGAGACGCAAGGGGGAGGGGAUAUGGGGAUAUAUGUUUAUGUAUAGCUGAUUCACUUUGUUAUAAAGCAGCAACUAACAGAGCAAUAUAAAGCAAUUUUACUCCAAUAAAAGUGCUUAAGAAAAAAAGAACAAAGCUGGAGGAAUCAUGCUUCCCGACUGUAAACUAUAUUUCAAAUAAAAGAAGACACAUAGGUCAAGUGGAACCAAACAGCCCAGAAAUAAACCCAUGCAUAUAUGAUCAAUUAAUUUUCAACAAAAAAGACAAAAAUAUACAAUGGAGAAAGGGCAAUCUCUUCAACAAAUCGUGUUGGGAAAACUAGAUGUCCACAUGCAAAAAGAAGGAAACUAGACCUCUAUCUUAUACCAUACACAAAACUGAACUGAAAAUGGAUUAAAGAUUUUAACGUAAGACCUGAACCAUAAAACUCCUAGAAGAAAACAUACAGAAAAAGCUCCUUGCCAUCCACUCUGCAGUGAUUUGUUUUGAUUUGACCCCAAAAGGAAAGGCAACAAAAGCAAAAAAGUAGUAAGUGGGACUACAUUGAACUAAAAGGCCUCUAUGCAGGAAAGGAAGCCAUCUUCUGCAAAGGAAACCAUCAACAAAAUUGAAAAUCAACCUACUAAAAGGGAGAAAAUGUUUGCCAAUAUAUCAGAUAAGGAAUUAAUAUUCAAAAUAUAUAAAGCACUCAUACAAUAGCAAAAAAAUUUUAAAAAUGGGCAGAUGAUCUGAAUAGACUUUUUUUCCAUAUGAGACACAUACAGAUGGACAACUGGUACAUGAAAAUGUGCUCAACCUCACUAAUCAUCAGGGAAAUGCAAAUCAAAACCAUAGUGAGUUAUACUCACCUCACACCUGUUAGCAUGGCUAUUAUCAAAAAGACAAGAUAACAAGUGUUGUGAAGGCUGUAGAGAGAAGGGAACCCUCGUGCACUGUGCACUGUUGGUGGGAAUGUAAACUGGUGCAGCCAUGGUGGAGAACAGUAGGGAGGGUCCUCAAAAAAUUGAAAACAGAACUUCUAUCUAACCCAGAAAUCCCCCUUCUGGAUAUUUAUCCAAAGGAAACGAAAAUGCUAACUUGAAAGGAUAUCUGUGCCCCCAUGUUCACUGCAGUAUUAUUUACAAUAGCCAAGACAUGGAAACAACUUUAAGAUCUUUAAGUGUCCAUCAGUGGCUGAAUGGAUAAAGAAAAUGUGAGAUUUUAUAAAUAUGCACACCCACACAGGAAUAUUACUUGGCCAUAAAAAAGAAGGAAACCUUGCCAUCUGCAGCAACAUGGACGGACUCUGAGAGCAUUAUGCUAAGUGAAGCAAGUCAGAGAAAGACAAACACAGGAUGAUCUGAUAUAUAUGUGGAAUGUAAAAAAUACACUAAAAACCAGUCUCAUAGAUACAAAGAACAUACUGGUGAUUGCCAGAAGUGGGGGGUGAGAGGGUGGAAGAAAUGAGUAAAGGUGAUCACAAGGUACAAACUUCCAGUUAUAAAAUAAAUAAGUCAUGGGGAUGUGAUAUACAGCAUGAUGACUAUAGUUAAUAAUACUGAAUUGAAUAUUUGAAACUUGCUAAGAGAGUAGAUGCUGCAUGUACUCUACACCUCUAAACUAGAAAUAGUUUGACCUUCUGCCUUUAAGAAAAUGAAAAUGUAAUACAGCAAUUUAAUUUUUGAAAAGUUUCAAGAACCACUGUAAGUCUAAAUGCUGUUUUAUAGGAUACAAUUUUAACAGUAAUAAUCCUGCCAGGAGUUCCUGUUUUAAAGUGUAAAUUAGCAGUUUUUAAAUAGAAAGUUUGUCUCACGUAUAUACAUACAAAGACAUUUUUAAGAUCUCUAGUUCAAAAAGUUAAAAUUGUAAAGACCAGUCACAGUGAACCGA